ACGACUGGUGAAACGUAAGCCUUAAGCUGGCGCUCAAGGUGAGGAAGCAUCUUGCCUCGUACUCCCCCACACUGCUGAGCGCCGCGUUCACCAGCCUGAACAGCGCCUACCACAGCAGCAGUGACACCGCUCCGGACGAGGAGCCGGAACCGCUAAGCCCAGCGCAUCGUCAUCAACGGCAUCGCCGACACAGUCACAGUCACGGUCACAGUCACAGUCACAGUCACAGCCACAGUCACAGUCACAGCCACAGAGAGAACCACAGCCAGAGCGAGAUGGGUGGGCCGACGCCCGUGGCCAGCAGCGAGGGUCAAACGUACUGUUUGCGCUGGAACAAUCAUCAGACGAAUCUGGUCCAGAUCCUGCACGCCCUACACGAGGUGGGCAGCUAUGUGGACUGCACCCUGGUCGUGGACGAUGAACAGUUCAAGGCGCAUCGCGUUGUCCUGGCCGCCAAUUCGCCAUACUUUCAGGCCAUACUGCAGGAUGUGCCGCAGGAUCAGUGCAGCAUCAUAUUGCCCGGCGUGAAGGGCUUCGAGAUCGCCGCCCUGCUCCAGUACAUGUACACUGGCGAGACGACGGUGACCAAGAGCCAGGAGCCAGAGAUUCUGCGCACCGCCAAGGAGCUGCAGGUGAAGGGCCUCUACGACAACCUGAUGAAGUUCAAUCACAAGGCGACGAGUGUCUCCGAUGAGCGCGCACAGUUCCAGAGCGGCACAGGCGCACCACUUGGCCAGCAGCACCACCACCAGCUGCCGCACCAGCAGCAGCAGCAGCAGCAGCAACAGCACCACCACCACCACCACCACCAUCAUAUCCAGCAGCCGCAGCACUCGGCGCCCACCUCCAGCUCAUCCGGCGCAUCGGGUAAGCCGCUCAAUGGCUCGGGCUCAGCGGCCGGUGGCACCGAUAGCAACUAUGGCCAGCACCAGGCGCACCACAGCCAGCUGAACUCCUCCUCCGUGAUCUCAACGUCCACACACAUAUCGCCCAGUGGCGCCAUCUCGAGCAGCUGCUCGCCCCCACCGCCGCCCUUUGGCAGCUAUCAGACGCCCUACACGAGCUUCUCGGGCUCCGGCGGUGCCAUCAAUCCCAUCAUUGCCGCUGGCGAGGCGCCGCUGACGCCCACGCACACCACCCCGCAUCCUGCUGCCGGCGAGGCUGGCCAAUGGCCCCUCUCGCCCUCGGCCGCUGCAGCGGCGAUGCUCAAUUCGGUGUACGAGUCCGCUGCCGACAUGAAUCCUCUCAAGCGCAAGAAGCUCUCGGCCAUCUCGAGCAUGCUGCUCAACACGACACGGGACACGCCCAUAUUGCGCAACGUGCUGGCCCAGGCCAAUCCGGCCGACUCCUCCCAGCCGAACCCGCUGCUGCUGCCCGGCGUGAAGCAGUCCGCCGAGAAGACCACGCCCACGCAUCACCACGGCUCCAGUGCCUCGGGCGGCGCUGGCAGCCACAGCUUCAAUGGCUCCGACUACGGCGGCGACAAGGAGCCGCUGUCCCCGCACACGGACCGCAGCUUCGACGAGGAGUCCGGCAGCGGCCAGACGGGCAAGAAGCCCGAAUGGAAGCGCUACAAGCAGUACACCCGGGCGGACAUGAUGUGCGCCAUCCAGUGCGUGCGCGAGGGCAUGAGCGCCCUCCAGGCGAGCCGCAAGUUCGGCCUGCCCAGCCGCACGCUCUACGACAAGGUGCGCAAGCUGAACAUCACCACGGGCCGUGGCACCCAUCGCACGCCCAAGCGCAGUCCGCCCGGCGUCGAGUCCUCGGCCGCCUUUCCCUACUCGGCGGCAGCUGCGGCGGCCGCAGCGGCCCACAACUAUGGCCAGACGGAGCUGGAGCGCGAGCCGAAGGAGCUGCCGCAUGGCCACGGCCAUGGCCAUUCGCACGGGCAGUCCGGCGGGCACUCGCAUCACGGCAUGCCGCCCACAAUUCCCCACUCGGCGGCAGCGCUGCUCGACCACGCCUUUCUGCAGCAGGCGCUGGAGAACCGGGGCGGCGACAUAGCCGGCCGCGAGGCACUGCACGCCAUGGCACUGGCCGCCGCCGCCCAUGCGGCCGCCAAUCGGAUGUCCAGCAGUCCGCCCGGCUCCAACGGGCAUGCGGCGCGCUCGCCCAGCCACUACGCCGAGGAGGAGAAGCACGAGGAGCAGCAGCGUCUGAUCAAGCGCGAGGCCAUUGAGGAGGAGCGCGACGCUGACGACGAGGACGAUCACGACCAGGUGGAGGAUCUCUCACUGGCGCGCAAAGAGCGACCCGAAUCGCCCUACUCGCCGGGACAGGCGCGCGCCGCCUCGCCCAUGGAGAGCGCCAGCGUCAUCAUGCACUCCAAUUCGGCGUCGCUCUCGACCAACGGCAAGGAGGCAGCCGAAAUGGAGGAGGAGCGCGAACGUGAACGGGAGCAGCACCUGGAGGAGUCCAGAGAAGCAGCCUCGCCAACAUCCCCAUCGAUGAGCAACCUGCCCCUGGGCCUGGGCCUGGGCCUCAAGCGUGAGCUGCUGGGCAGCGACGAGGCGCAGGCGCGCACCGACUGAUUGAUGCUAACGAUGGCCUGGCAAUAUGCAGCCGAUAGCCACGAUUCCAUAUACUAGGCCACACACACACGCACACCUAUACACACACACACGCACACUUAGACUCUUCUUCUUUCGGGUUUCGACGUUCAACGUGCUAAACUUCAAACUUAUUUUUGUUGUGUUCUCAAUCUUCAUCGACUCGCCGCCUCGGCGUCGAUCUAGCGGUAGUGAAGCUUUAAACAUCGUAUAUACAAAAAAAAAAAAAAAAAAGAAAAACAUUUCCCAGCAAAAAAAGAAAAAAAACGUAAAAAUCCAAUUCACCCACCCACCCAAUGCAACCUUAGAAUGAGAGCAAAAGAAAAGGAAAAAAAUGGGAAAACGAAAAAAUCAAACACGAAUUAUAAAAAAAAAACUAAAUUGUUGUCAGCAUCACUUUGUGCCUAAAAGAAAUAGAAUUAUGCAAAUAAAAAUAUAGUCUAGGGAUAUUUAGAGAUAUGGAUUAGGCUUAGGCUAGACUUAGGAAGCACCCACACAGACACACACACACACACAUUGCUUAUGUCAAAAAAAACUGUACACUUGCAUAAGACUGAAAGUUAGUGGGCGUGGCAGAGCAGAAGAGGCUCAAAGUAUAUAUAAAUAGGG